AUGCUGCAUCACUCAGCUUCUGCCGUUUGCUUGCCUGGGCGUCAGCAAGGCUCACCACUGGGAUCUCGCACGUUUUCAACUUCCAGUAUCGGUGGCAACCGAGGCAACAAAAUACCCCAUGGGACUAAUUUAGAGACUUCAUUCGUAUCUUCCAGCUCAACACGCCUCGGUGUUUCGGAUGAGGAUACAUGCAGCAGGAGCGACGCAAGUUCUUGCCCUACCGCCCACAUGCAACCCGCUUGCAGCUUCAUGGUUAGUCGCCGGGGCUCUGCUGAGGCUUUUGAGGAUGCCCUGGAAUCUUUUGACGCUUCGCAGACGUCGCCAGGUUUUACUGCCGAUUAUUCUUCUUUUGUGUUUACUGGAAAGCUUCCUUUGCGCGGAGGCCGGCACAACCAAUCCGGUACUGCCUCUUCCAUUGCGUCUCUGAAAUCAAAGGCCGUGGAGUUCCCUAAGGAGGAGGCAGCUGCGCAAGCUCACGAAGCUUCAGGCUGCAGUAACUCUGCAGGUGUGUCGACUGGUAGCAGCAGUAGGGUGGGGAGAGACAGCACAGCCCGCGAAGUGCUUCGUGGAAGCCUCGUGCGCAGCCCGGCGCCUCGCCUCAAGGCAGAGUCUGGGACUGCAAGGCAGCCGCACUAUCAAGCACAGAAACAGCAGCAGAAACUACCCAUGAAACAAGGAGCAGAAGGUCUCCCAGUAAUUGAUUCCCGGAAAGUCGAGGAGAGCCGCCGAAGUGCAAGAGCUGCCUCCGAAUGCCAGAGGGGCAGCGUUGCCUCUCCUCACUGUACUUAUCAUUCCGUAAGCUCAUCUUCAGAGGGAAAAAGCGCUCGAUGCCCAUCCUCAGUGGCUGCUUCCCAGGGACUGAGUGGAGUGGAGAAGCCCAGGCGGGCCAUAGGCAGGUACUCCUCAGUGCCAGCAUUUUCCGCUGCAGAUCGUCUUCGGAUUGACCGGUUCAAGGAAGGUUUGCCGCAGUGCUUGAGCACACAAGAAGCAAUUUUGAAGCAGCAGGGAGCGGCAGAGAAGAAAAUCUUGUCAGGACGGUCAGGGGAAUUGUCUACUGCAGUAUUUGACGCGACUCCAGAUCUUGGGGAGUCGGUUGAUUGGCGUUCUCUGUUAGACGCUGCCGGUCUAGGGGAUGUUGUAGAUGAUGAGAUUACUCUUGAAGCCGAUGAACUUCACGCUAAAUUGCAAGAAUUCGCUCCGAGAAGCGGUCCCAGCUGGUGCCUUGCCCUGUUGGGCUGCCUGUGGCAGUGGCGUUUGUAG